AAGAAAAAAUGGGGACGUGGAGGUUGGCGCACCGCUCGUCUCAAACUCAAAAGCGGCGGCUCCGAUUUCGAACUCCGAUUCUCCAAUUUGAAACAGAAUCGAGUCAAGCAUUAUGCAAAACGACGAGGCGAAGAUCGUGCUGGGAUUUCCCCCUAAUUCCGUCCCCUCCCAAUCUCAGAUUAAGUCCGCCUACAGAAGGAAGGUUUGGGAAACUCACCCCGAUCGAUUUCCGCCCCAGCUGAAAGCCCAAGCCGACUCCAAUUUCAAAUUGCUCUCAGAAGCGUACACUUUGUUGAACUCUUCAGGAGGAAGCAGAAGAAGAGCUCCAACAGCAUCACCCUACUACUCUAAGGUGGUGAGGAGUGGUGUCCCAAACUCAAAGGGUGGACGAGGCAGUAUGAGAGCUGCAUCGGCUCCUUUUCUUUUAAUCAUAUUUGGAGCACUUGCUCUUGGCGGAUCGACUGCUUCGAGGGCUUAUCAAAGACAGAAGGAGGCUCAUCCCUGUUUCAAUCCCUUUCUCCCAUGAACUUCAGCCCAUGUAUAAUUAAUAUUAAAUACAAAUGAAAAUACUUAUAUUGAUCAUUCAUAAAGGUAAUAUAACAAUUCUAAACCACUCUUAAAAUUCAAAUGGGGAAUAGUAGUAGUCUUGUCCUCAGAUGUAUAGAUUUUGUAUUGUCCUUGUAAAAUAUUUAUGUUUCAAUAAGACUGGUAAAAAAAUAUAUGUGAGCCCUCCCUCACAUAAGCUUAAAAA